GUAUCACUCUCCUUCAAACAUAGUCAGAGAAAAACAGCGCUUCUUGUCUAAAAACCAGAGAUAGAUUGAGUUGAGAAAAAUAUAAGAAAGAAUGGAUCAAAUGGUGGUAGGCUCUCACGUGUACCCCUACACGACACAAACACAAGGUUCACAGUGCAUCAUCGUUAACCAGAUCGAUAGAUCAUUGUCAUCAGGCGAAGGACCUAAACCGGUGAAGCGGCGGAGGAAGAGGAAAGGCAAAGGGUCGUCAGCCACCAACGAAGAUGACGUGGCGGCGAUUGGAGGGAUGCUGAGGAAGAGGAAGUUGACCGAUGAGCAAGUGAAUAUGCUCGAAUAUAGCUUCGAGAACGAGCACAAGCUCGAGUCAGGGAGGAAAGAGAAGAUCGCCGGAGAGCUAGGUCUUGACCCGAGACAGGUGGCUGUUUGGUUCCAGAAUCGCCGUGCACGGUGGAAGAACAAGAAACUCGAGGAAGAGUACGCUAAACUCAAAAGCCAACACGACACCGUCGUCCUCGGCCAAUGUCAUCUCGAGGUUCAGGUAUUAAAACUGACAGAACAACUGAGUGAAGCUCAAAAUGAAAUUCGAAAACUUUCGGAAAGACUUGAAGAGAUGUCAACAAACAGCUCAAGUUCAUCGCUUUCUGUUGAGGCCAACGAUGCACCAAUUGAUUUCGAGUUUGCACCGGAAACUAAUUACAACAUCCCAUUUUACAUGUUAGAUAAUAAUUAUUUACAAAGCAUGGAGUACUGGGAUCGCUUGUAUGUAUAAUUUUAACAACUUUAUAUUUAUAGUUUAUGGUUGAGAGAGCAUGUUAUAAUUUAUGUAAAAAUAGAUGCUGGAAA